AUGGAUUCAGAGGACAUGGGCUCAGGCAAACUAGGAAAAAUACUAAAGCAGAUUUGGAGACAAAACCUGAUGCUACAGCAGGCCCUCCUGGGUGAGAACCCUGGUGAAGGGUCUGGCGGGGCCACUUGGAUAGCCACAGUGGUCUUUCUGGGUCAGGAGCUCAGUGGGGCCCUUCACCAACUCUUGGAACACGCUGCAGGCACUCUGCUCUCUACCUGCCAGCAGCUGUAUGUACUGCUCAACAAGGAGAAUCAAUGUAUCCGCAGACAAGAAAUCUCUACUUUCAUAGACUGUCUCAUGAAAAUAAGUGAAUAUUUGGGGAGCACUGCUACACUGCUAAAGAAAGAAGAAAAGGAGAUGUGUAAUUUAUGCGGCAUGCAUGAUGACUGUACCCCACUGCAGACAAUGUCCACCAUUCACGAUAUCAAAGCAGCAGACAUUGCUGCAGGAGGGCAACAAAAUGUCAUAGAAACAGCUACUGUUUCUCCCGCAAAUGGAGAGCAAAGUCCUUAUACAAACCAGGUCCAGUUAAAAAAAAAUAAAGCACAUAUGAGUUCAGAAUCAGUGGGGGAAAAAAACAAUACCUCAUUGAAUGGAGAUGUAACAGAGCAAGGGGAGUCACAGAACAAAAUGUUCCCUGAUAAUGAUGAAAAUGAAGACGAUGAACAAACAGUACACAUGACUGUUGAGAACAUAAAUGGCAACAGGGAAGAGAUGCAUGACAUAAUCCAGACAACAGAAAGAGAAAUUCAAGAGACCUCAGAGAGCCAAAGAGAAGAGAUUACCACAUCCUCAAUAACACGUGAUAUCUCCAGCAAGUAUCAGAAUAAUCUUCUUUCCAAUGAUUCAGAGAGUCUAAAGCAAAAGAAUAACAUAAUGGAAAAGGAGUAUUUUGAUAUGCUGAGUGAUACCAGCCCCCAAGUGUCUUGUUACAUUACUGCACCAUCGUAUAUUCUACAACAUCUAGAAUGCCGGAUAGUUAACAGCAUGAGUUCUUUAAUAGUGAGUGAUAGUGAAGAGUUGGUCAGUAAUGUCAUCGCUGUUGAAUGUUCAGAUAUGGAAAAAAAAAUUCCAUUUCCAAUAUGCAUUGCAAUUCCAUUUACUGCACGUUACAGGGGAAAUUACAGAGACAUCAUGGUGAAAAUGUCUGACAUAAACCUUCAAUCAAGUUACCUAACCCCAAAUUCACUGGAAGGAAUGAGAGGAAGUUAUAAGGGGACCUGUGCUGAAGUGAAAGUGUACAAGUUGGGUAUCUUUUCUGUUGUGUCUUGUUUAAAGAAAGAGUCCUUCACAGUAACAAAGAAAGGUCUUACUCUUAAGCCAAGCAUGGAUUCCCGAGUGUCCUUAAAUUAUCCUCCAGGAGUUUUCAGUUCACCAGUGCUGGUACAAUUAAAGGUUCAGCCAGUUGACCCAUCCUUGGUGGCAUAUCUAAAAACACAGCAAGAUACUUCUUACCCGGUAGUAUCCACAAGCCCUCUGAUCCAUGUUAAGCACCCAUCAAUACAUCCUUUCCAGAAGCCAGUCACUGUAUUCCUACCUUGUGCUCCACACCCUGAUAAAAAGACCCUUGGGUCUGAGAUAGAUCUUAAAAGAACAGCUAGUGCCACGACCAAUAGGAUCAUACCUUUAUACCUCAACCGGACAAAAAGCGCUUCCCUAAGAAAACCUGGGAACAAUGCUUGUGAACCUUUGAAAUUACUGGGAUUCAGAAGCCGAGACGGUGAUUGGUUUGGUCUGGAUGAUGUGGUGGUGAGAAACAUGCAGAGUGGCUUGGUAGCAUUUGAAUUGUGUGAACAUUUAGAGAGGUUUGUUGUGCUUCAUCUUUCUUCCAAUGUGGAAAACAGUCAUUUGGUUUCUUUUGUGAAAGCUCUGGAGGAAGCCAUGCUCAGCACCACUGCUUGUGCUGUACUGUGCCACCAGAAAGACAACCCCCGGAGAGUAGUUAUCCUUGUGGUGCCCUCUAAAGAUUUAAGCCAGGUGCUUCGGGGCUUGCGUUUGGAAGCGUUCAGUGGUCCCCCGGAGCCAUCGCGUCCCUUCCAAGUAAAAGAAGGAGACCAGCUUCUUUUAAGAUUUACUGGAAAUAUCUUUGCUUCAAGCAAUGGGAAGGAUUAUGAAAAAGAGUACAAGCUUAUAUUUCAUUUACAAAGAAAACCCAGGCUGGAACUCCAGAUCAAAGAGGUGGAUGAAUUUGGAAACUAUAGCUGCCCUCAUUAUAAGGGCACCAUUGUAAUUUAUAAAAUACCUAAAGAAAAGGUAGUCCACAACUUGGAUCAAUCUCUUAUACUUGAUGAAAACCAUCAUCAUUUGCCAAUUUGCAAAUUACCAUUGAAAUUGCCAAAGCAUAAAAAAUUGAUCAACCGUCCACAGAGUACCAAAAUAAUUUCUACUGAUCCUGCAGGUGCCCUGUGGGAUCACCUGCUGCACUGGCUGGCCGAGGAGCUCUCGGAAGAAAACGCCACGCGCCUCUCCUCGUCCCUCCCCGUCCGCCGCAGCACCGUUGAGCUCAUCAGACUGAAGAGCCCUGGGGAUCUCACAGAACAGAUCCACGAGCUUCUUUGCUUCUGGAAAAAGUCACUCCCCAAAUCCACCGAUAAAGUUCGCCUUCUGGCUCGUCACCUCCGCCAGAUCGGCAGGAGGGAUCUCGCCGAAGAGCUCACAUUCAAGUGGGAACAGAAGGUGUUCACGGAGCCCCAGCAGUGGUUUGACACGGCGGAGUGA